AUGGGAGUUAGUGUGUACGUUGAGCUUAAGAGGGAAAACAGUGUUUUCGGGAUGUAUCCAUUGUGCGUUAGUAUUACAGAUAAUGACGUUGAGGAGAUUGCAAUUGGUGAGUGUGUUUUUAGAGAGGAUGUGCUUCAACUUGGAUACAAUGAUAAUUUGGAGGAUAUGGAUGUGUAUGAUUCUAAUGAAUUGAAUCCGUCAAAUUGUGGAAAGGCAUACACACAGGAUGAGUUCGAUAAAUUGAUGGAAAAGAUUGAGAAUAUUGAUAUUCAGGUUGAAGCAUCAACUGAAUAUGUUUACAUGGUGAAUGAUGGACCGAGGCGUUUUAUAAUUGAUUUGAAGAAGAAAACUUGCAGUUGCAGGAUGUUCCAAAUGGACGAAAUACCAUGCUCACAUGCCUGGGCUGUAUUAAAGAGUAAAAAUCUAACGGCUGAUGCAUAUUGCUCAGACUUAUUCAAGCCAAGUACAGUGGUGAAUACGUAUGAUGUGCCGAUUGAUCCACUUCCCGACGAGAGAGAGUAG